GUAUAUUUUUAAAGUUUUCUACCAACAGUAUUUUGAGUCAUCUCUAAACAGUGGCGUGAAUUAAGAGAACACAUACAACCACGAAUACUAAGUAGAGGAUAAAUAACAUCAGGAGUUUAAAUGUAUUAUCUUUGUCUGUGGCUGUCUGACAUUUGUGCUGUUUAAAAAUGUGCCACAAUUAACAGCCUGAAAGAAAUAAUAAGUAUGGCUUCGAGAAAAGUUCCCAUAAAGGCAGUAUUAAUAGAUUUAAGUGGGACCUUACAUGUUGAAAAUACUGCGAUACCAGGCGCAGUAGACUCCUUGAAGAAGUUGCGAGGAACAGGUAUUCCCAUUAAGUUUGUGACAAAUACAACAAAGGAAUCUAGACGAUGUUUGUUUGAGAGGUUGAUAGGACUGGGUUUGGAAUUAAGAAAAGAUGAGAUAUGGAGCUCACUGUGGGCAGCUCAGGAUCUGUUGCGGUCUCGCAACUUGAAACCGAUGCUGAUGGUGGAUGAUGCAGCAUUAGAAGAUUUCUCAGGCCUUACUGACUAUGGGGAAGAAGAACAAAAUGCUGUUGUAAUAGGUCUUGCUCCAAGUAUGUUCAACUUUAGCCAGCUCAGUAAAGCUUUUAGGUUGUUAUUAACUGGGGCUGGGGUUCCUUUGAUAGCAAUUCAUUGUGGACGCUAUUAUAAGCGCUGUGAUGGACUUGCCCUAGGACCAGGCCCAUUUGUGAGGGCACUGGAGUAUGCUUCAGGUUGUCAUAGCGAAGUAGUUGGCAAACCAUCACCAACAUUUUUCAGGAGUGCUCUUGGAGAUGUUGACCCUGCUUAUGCAGUCAUGAUUGGGGAUGAUGUCAAGGAUGACAUUGGUGGUGCACAGGCAAUGGGCAUGCGUGGGUUCCUUGUGCAGACAGGAAAGUAUCGGACUGGAGAUGAGAGCCGCAUUUCACCAGGUCCAGCUGCGGUUUGUCCUUCUUUUUCUGAAGCCGUUGAUAUUCUCCUGAAGGAGUAUGCCCAGUCAGAAGGGGACUCAUAACACACAAAAUAUUGGUUUAAAAACCUCAUUUUGAAGACUGCAAGACAAAUUGGAAUAUAAUAUUAAAAUGGAUCUUAGAGAAAUAGGUGAAGAUGUGAACUGAACUUUUGUGGCUCAGGGAAAUUUCAGAUUCUACAAGAGUGGGUAAUUUUUUUUUUUAACAGUUUAAGGUCUGUUGUGUACUCAGGUACAUUAUAGAAUUCUGUGAUGGAUAAAAACUGCAACAAAGUAGA